AUGCAACAAUGUGCCCAAAUCUCCGUUAUUGGAAGAGCAACCACCGUGGCUGCCGACACCACGACUAGGAACCCGAAGUCCACCAAAGGCCCAAGCAAGACUUCAUCCAAGGCUAAGCCCAAGUCGACGAAGGCGACCAAGACCACUUCUAAGGCAAAGGAGACCCCCCAGACGCCAUUUGAUCCUUUGGCGGCCCUCAUCAUUUGA